AGAGAGAAGAGAGUUACUUGAGAAGAGUUAACCUUAAUCUCAGAAUAAAAGUCUGAUAAAUAAGAACAAAAAAUACAAAAAAUUGAAUUCAUAAAUCUAAAUUAAUUUAAUUUAUACAAAUAUCUAAUGCUGCUCUAGUAAAGUAUAGAGUUUUAUAUUGUCAAAUAACAAUUUUUCAUUUUGUAAGCGCUCACAAUUAUAAAAUGAAUAUAACGCCUCCCAUCAAACCACCGCGAGGGAUCAAACCAACAAAAGAAACGAGUGGUUUACUGAUCUCAGUCAUCCGUGCUUUAUCAGCGAGUGAAACAAACGAACAACGUGAGAUUGAGAAAGCCAAGUUGGAAAAGGAAUACAAACGAAGUGAUCAACGACUGGAAGAAUUGGUUUCAUCACAUGAUCAGGAUCUCAUGGAAGUUAUGCAGAUAUUCAGUGAACUAUCUGAAAAAGUUACAUCAGCGCGAGAAAAAAUUCAUGCAGUAAAGGAGAAUCUGAAUGCCUGCAAACAAUUAUUGAGAUGUAAACGAGAAGAGUUAUUGAAUUUAUGGCUGGAAGGAAUAGAACAUAAACAAGUCUUACAUCUUCUGAAAGAUGUGACUUCAGAUUCAUAUGGACGUAUGAUAACAGGUUUAACUGAGCCUGAGCUAUUACCAUCCAAUAUAUCACAUGAUACUUUAACAGAUCAACAAUCAUAAAUCUCAUUAUUUUGUAUAUAUAUAUA